AUGGGUUCCGUUGGAGGAUUAACACCCGACCAGGUUCAGCUCAUCAAAGCUACAGUCCCAGUCUUAGUUGAGCACGGUAACACAAUCACCACCGUUUUCUAUGAAAACCUUCUCCGAGAAAACCCCGACUUAAACAAUGUCUUCAACACUCCCAACCAACGCAAUGGUCACCAACCCCGAGCACUGGCCGGUUCAUUAUUCGCAUACGCGUCCAACAUCGACAAUCUCGGCGCACUAAGCCCCGCAGUGGAGCUGAUCUGCCACAAGCAUGCAUCACUCUACAUCCAGCCCGAAGCCUACGCAAUUGUUGGCAAAUAUCUCAUUGAGGCAAUGGGUCAGGUCCUCGGUGAUGCACUUACACCCGAAAUCAAGGACGCCUGGGGAGUAGCGUAUUGGCAAUUAGCCAAUAUUAUGAUCGGACGCGAAAAACAGAUCUACGAAAGUAAUGAUGGAUGGACCGAUUGGCGUGAUUUCAAGAUCUCCGACAAAGUGAAGGAAUCUGACGAGAUUACUUCUUUCUACCUCACGCCUGUUGAUGGCAAGCCGUUGCCUGCUUUUCGUCCGGGGCAGUACAUCUCAGUGCAGGUUUACGUGCCUGAGUUGAAAUACUUGCAGCCUCGUCAGUAUUCGCUCAGUGAUAAGCCUAGUCCAAACUACUACCGUAUCAGUGUGAAGAAAGAGAAGGGUCCGGAUGCUUCCGACUCUAAUGCCGCAGCCCAUCCUGGGUACGUGUCAAAUGUGCUCCAUGAUUCUAUCAACAAGGGCGACUUGAUCAAGGUUUCACACCCGGGCGGCGAUUUCUUCCUUGCGAACGAUGAGGUCUCCUCUCCUGUAGUCCUGAUAUCAGCUGGUGUCGGUCUUACGCCUCUCACUUCCAUGCUUAACACAUUGACCUCGAAGCCUGGAUUGUCCGAUCGCAAACUACACUUCAUCCAUGGUUCUCGUACAUCGAGUGCGCGAGCUUUCAAAGAUCACGUCAGCGCUUUACCACAACAAUUUCCCAAUCUGAAAACGACAUUCUUCACAAGCCAGCCUUCUGGGGAAGAUAAAGAGGGUGUCCACUAUAAUUAUGCCGGGAGGGUUGACCUGAGCAAGCUUGAUUCGAAGGAUCUCUUUGUCGAUGUCCCAGAGACAAGCUAUUAUAUUUGUGGUCCGGAGACAUUCAUGACAGAUAUUGAAGCCAGUUUGAAGGCUCAAGGGGUCAGUGCCGACCGUAUCAAAAUGGAGCUAUUUGGAACUGGUGGUGUCUCAAACUGA